GAUGUUGAUGAGCACGAAUCCGGCCGAGUACCAGGGCUCGCAGACGCAGUUCUAUGCGCCAGUGGUGGUGGGCGAGAUGUGCAUCACGAAGCGACGCGACGUGCUCCCCGGAAGGAGUCGUGCCCGAUAUCUGCAUGGGCAACUGCUGCUCGAUGGCAAGUGUUCGUUGGAUUUGAACGAAGGCUAUAGUAGUUUCGAGAAAAAGGACGAAAUGAACAACGAGAAGUUGGACACACUGCUCAAGUGGAUUGUGAUGCACGGCGGCGAGCCGGGCUGCUCGCUGGUCAAGAACAAAGAUGGCUGGCGCAUAAGUGCUGUUCGCUACAAAUCGUUGGUGUUUUUGUGCGAGUUCCCAACCGAGCAAAAAAUGCAGCAGCUGGAGACGAUGUCCGAGCGGGAGCGGCUCAUGGCUUACUGGGGCUUCAAGUUCGAGCAGUACAUCACAAGUGAUUCUUUAUCGGUGAUUUAUGCGAUACUUUUGCACGUGCACGCGCAUUAACU